UCCAAAUCGGAUUACUCUGCAUACUUUAAAGCUCUGGAAGCUCAAGGUCUGCAGCUCACUUUCAGGAAAGUGGAAGAGAACUCGCCUGCUUUGUACAACUACGAAGAAGUGGCAUUCGAUCACCUUUUGCUUUUCGCUCCAACGGCCAAAUCAUUACCUUCUGAUCUAGCUCCUCAAAAAUUGGUCAACUUCUUGCAACAAAAUGGCAAUAUCCUCUUUGCCUUGUCAAGCGAAUUGAGUGAAUUGUACAGAGAUUUGGCACGCGAAUUUGAAUUGGAGACUGAGGAACGCGGAACCUCCGUUGUGGAUCACUUUGUCUCAUUGCAGAACGAUGAAACGCAUACACAAAUUGCCGUUCCAAAGUCGUAUCGUUCAUCAGUGGAAGGUAUCUUUGCCGGUGUUCAAGAUGAUCUUCCUUUCCUUUUCAAAGGAGUUGCUCACAGACUGGGACCAAAUCCAUUGGCGUUCCCGAUUUUGAAAGCGCCUUCGACUGCUUAUUCGUUCGAGUUGCCCUCUGAUUUAAGUUCGAUUGACCGACUCGAUAAUCCAGAUCGCGAAGCCGCAAUGGGAAGUGAUGAAGAUGUAGCUCUGAUCAGUGCUUUCCAAUUAUUGGACACCAAUCGCCGUGAUGAGAAUGACGGACCAAAGAGACAAGGUAGCGCAGGUCGUGCCGUGUUCUGCGGUAGUUUGGAAGCAUUCUCAGACAAAUUCACUACACCUCGCGGUCAAAUUCGCACAAGAGAUGGAAAGACGUUUAAAGGAACGUCCAAUUUGGCAGUCCUGUCCGCUCUCACUUCUUGGCUUACACAACAGCAAGGUGUCUUACGUGUCGAACAGACUUCUCACAGUCGUGUGAAAGAACAUGAACAUGAUGUUCGUGAAUCAUACGAAGAAUUGGACGUCAUUGACGAGCAUGGCGAAAGAAGAUUGCAGCGCAUGUAUCGAAUCAAAGAUACUGUUACAUUCUCAAUCGACUUAGUACAACGAACACCAAAGGGAUGGCUACCCGCACCAACGGAUUUGGACUUGCAACUCUCUCUCGUUAUGCUGGACCCAUACAUCACCACCAAUCUUACCGCACAACAACCCUCGACGAUCAACCUAAACAAUGCUGAUACAAUUCAAGCAAACACGGUUGCAUCUUCAAUUGUUGACGGAAAAGAUGGAAGUGCACGGGCAACAAGAUACUCUUCCACCAUUCAAUUACCCGAUCGUCAUGGUGUUUAUACUUUUAUCGUUGAUUGGAAGAGACACGGUUGGAGUUACAUUCACACAAGGGACACUUCUCCCGUUCGACCAUUUAAUCAUGACGAACAUCCUCGCGGCUUGCACAGUGCUUGGCCUUAUGUCGUUGGUGCAACGAGUACAGCGGUAGCAUUCUUGCUGUUCUGCGUAUUGUGGAUCUGUACACAAGAG